AUGAAGUCUCCGAAACCUACAUGGCGGCUCAGUGAGAUCGAUUGGCCUUGGGUACCAAAAGGCGACUGCGUCGAUCGCCGCCUCGCUGCGGCGAUCUUCGCACUGGGGACCUUUGCGCCGGGAUGGGCCCUGAUGGUCUUCGGCAGCAAUGCCAGGGGUCUUCUGAUCAGCACCGUGGUGAAGGUGGUUGGAUCCUAUGGACUGACCAGUAACGUCAUGCUGGCCUUGAUCAAUGACGUGACCGUAGCAGAGGAUCGAGAAGAGGCGGUCGGAGCCUAUUUCGCCGCCAACAACUUCAUGAGCUUGACGAUGACCGGAAUUCCUGUGAUGCUGGUACUGGUGCUGCAGGUGAUUCCGAACAACCCUAGCUUCUUCCUCAUCCUCCAGGCCGUGCUUAGUGGUCUUUGCGUCCUGCUGCUCUUCUGGGUCCGGCUUGGUCAGAACGAUGGGGAGCAGAAGGAGGACAGCCAGCGGGAAAGCGAGGAGAGCAGGCAAGAGACCACCUCCGACAACGACUUCACCGCCGACGACAACGACUUAACCGACACGGACCUGCGAUUCGCAGAUGAUUCCUGUACCCAAGGCUCCACCUCCACGCUCCGGGCUGUGAUGAGGCAGUUCGUGUUGCCGGUGCGCCUGGCCUUCGGCAACCGGAGACUCCGUCGGCUCUGGUUUGCUGCGUUCUUGCUGAUGUUCGCCGGCCAGUUGGUCAUGGACAUCGGCGGGCAGUUCUUCAACCAGUCCAUGGGCCUGAUCCCCUAUGGCACCCAGCAGGAGAUCGUCACGGUCGCGGUCUUGACCAUGAUACCAGGCCAGCUGCUGGCCAUCCCUGGGAAUUUAAUCACCGGCUACCUCUCCAAGCGGGGCGGCCCGCUCUUUCUACUGCGCCGCAUGAUUCCUCUCACCUCCUUCCUGGUGUCUGUCGGGGCCCUCAUGGCCGAGGUCCGGCAGAUGUGGUUCAUCGCGGUUGUCGUCAUCUGCCUGAACUACGCUGGCCUUCCGAACGUGCCGCUCAUGCGCCUUGUUUCCGGGGUGGCGCCGCCUGGCCGCGUGGGCGAGGCACUGAGCUCAAUAGGCAUUGCAGCCCAGCUGGCCAGCCUCAUCGGAAAUGUCUUCGUGGCGAUACUUAACCGGUGGCUCAUGAGCACUGACCUCUACGACCCCCUCUGGAUCUACUACCCGACCUGCGGCUUGCUCUCACUGUGUGCGAUCUUGCCGCUGUCCGGGACGCCCCGCGGCGGUUGGGGUGCUGCCAGCGGGAGCCUGCAGGAGCAGUUUGUGGCCGUGGUCUACGCGCACAAGGCGAUGCAGCGGUGGAAGCGGCAGGUGGCGCUUCGCAGGGCGGGGUCAUCCGCUGCCUGA